AGGCAGUCUUAGUGACCCUGGCACGCCUGCCUGCUACAUCGGUUGUGGGUAUAAACAUUUGAGUUUGUGGUGACAGGCGCACGGAGGGCAGCCCGCGGGGUCCUGAUACACAUGGCGGCGUUGUGGCGGUGCUCGGCGGGGAGAAGGGUGACCACUCUAACCCUCAGGUGUAGCCGGGGACUGACAGCCUUGCAUUAUGAUUAUGAUUUGUUGGUGAUUGGUGGAGGCUCUGGAGGUCUUGCAUGUGCCAAAGAAGCUGCUCAACAUGAAAGGAGAGUUGCAGUGUUCGACUACGUGGAGCCAUCCCCCAAAGGCACCAAAUGGGGAAUCGGAGGCACAUGUGUAAAUGUUGGCUGCAUUCCCAAAAAACUGAUGCACCAGGCUGCUCUGCUGGGAGGUGCCCUGAAAGAUGCCCCCCAUUAUGGCUGGAAUGUACCUUCUCCAAUUCAGCAUGACUGGUCAAAAAUGGCAAAAGCUGUUCAAAAUUAUGUAAAAUCAUUAAACUGGGGACACAGAGUACAACUGCAAGAUAAGAAGGUUAAAUAUUUUAACCUGAAGGCCAGUUUUAUUGAUGAGCAUACAGUACGUGGAAUAACUAGCGCGGGAAAAGAGACAAUAGUGACUGCAAACAACAUAGUUCUAGCUACAGGAGGAAGGCCAAAAUAUCCUACAAACGUUCCUGGAGCAGUAGAACAUUGUAUAACAAGUGACGAUCUCUUUUGGCUGAAAGAAUCUCCAGGAAAAACAUUGGUAGUUGGAGCCAGCUAUGUUUCACUUGAGUGUGCAGGAUUCUUGACUGGAAUUGGACUGGAUACCACCACCAUGAUUAGGAGUAUACCUCUCAGGGGAUUUGAUCAGCAAAUGGCUUUGCUAUUGACUGAUUACAUGGAGUCCUAUGGUACAAAGUUCUUAAAAAAAUGUAUACCAUCAAGUGUAGAGAAGCUGGAGAGUGGAAAACUGCAGGUGACCUGGAAAAACAUGGAUUCUGCUAAAGAAGGAAAGGAUACUUUUGACACUGUCAUGCUUGCUGUAGGUCGUGCUCCUGAAACAAAGUAUCUGAAUUUGGAGAAAGUAGGCGUGAAUAUGAAUCCUGACACAGGAAAGAUAAUUGUUGAUGCUUUGGAAGCCACAUCUGUUCCAAACAUAUUUGCAAUCGGAGACAUUUCAGAGGGUCGUCCAGAGCUGACACCCACAGCCAUCGCAGCUGGAAAACUUUUGGCUCAACGAUUAUUUAAUAACUCUACAGAGCUAAUGGAUUAUAACAGUGUUCCUACUACAGUGUUCACCCCACUAGAAUAUGGUUGUGUAGGGCUCUCUGAGCAGGAGGCCCUAACAUCAUAUGGAGAGGAUGCUAUUGAGGUCUUCCAUGCAUUCUACAAACCUCUAGAAUUUACAGUGCCUGGAAGAGAUGCCUCUCAGUGUUAUAUUAAGAUGAUUUGUCUCAAGGGGUCAACGCAGAGAAUUCUUGGUCUACACUUUGCUGGGCCAAAUGCAGGAGAAGUCAUCCAAGGAUUUGCCCUCGGAAUCAAAUGUGGUGCCACCUACCAUCAGCUAAUGAGCACAGUGGGCAUACAUCCAACCUCUGCUGAGGAAGUGACUAAGCUGCACAUCACCAAGCGUUCAGGACUGGACCCCACAGUCACUGGCUGCUGAGGUUAACUACCAUCCCUGAGAAAAAAAGUGCCAUCUGCCUGCAUGAGAAGGAGAGAACCAUCAGCAUAAUUCCGCUACAUGUAAUCACUUUACUCUGAGCCAUGUGAUACAUGUCAGGUCCUCUGAAAUCAAAGGAAUUAUUUCUAAUUCAUCCUGAGAGGCUUCUGCCAGCAGUAAAUUACAUCUGAACCUUGGUGCACAUUUCAUACCACACUCAAAGCAUUCGUGACAUGUCUGAAGUUAAAUCAGGUGGAAAGGAGUUGAUAAGUUGGACAUCUCUGCUGACAUCUUCUAUUUCUGCAAACAUCCAGGAGGUGGAACUGCAAGACCAGGAGAUGCUGAGGCCACAGGGAGAUGUCAUUUGGCAACACAAAGGCAAACCUUUUACUAAUCGGUAAAGGAAAAUGUGGAAUUCAGCAAAAUCGUAAUCCGAGUGACUUAAGACUGCCUGUUUUGCAUAACACCUGCUGCAUGAAAGGCGCACUGUUGUCUUCAUUCAAACAGUGCUAAGUAAACAUUCUAAAUACGAAGCUAAAUGCAGGUGUCAUUUUGAAUAUUGUCUAACAGAUGUAUGAUAUACAGUAUCUCUGCUGAUUGUUUAGCCUUCUCUGCAGGCAUACAUUUUUAGGGAUGGUUGUUCUAGCAGUUUUAUAUAUUAUGUUAAAAACAGGACAAGAUACCAACAAAUGAUGGCUUGUGUAUAAACUCAAAACGAGAUAGACAAGCCUGAGAAUCAGCUGGCUUCCUUGUCUUUAGUAUGGUACUAUAUGAGUAAAAAAAAAAAUAAACAAUAUUUUACCAAGA